AUGACUGCGACCUCCCUUUCCAAUCCUACUGCCGCCUCCACGAGUGCUGAGAGAACCAAUACGCCUUCUCCAACCCCUCGCCGUCGUGGGCUCAGCAGUCUGCGCAGAUUAGGCCCUCCUUCUCCUGGUGAAUCCUCAAGGCUAUCACCAAGAAACUAUUUUUCUCGUUCUGUCAGCUACCCACAAAACCCGCCUAAUACUCCUCGAGCCACUCCGGCGAAGAGCACGCUUCGUUCGAAUGCACCUCAACCUCCAGGUGCCACUGACCCGGCGAGCCGAGAACUAGUAUCACGAGAAAUUACUGAUCAUCCGACAUCAAAUACGGCCAACUCAACUACUUCGCCUCUCGCCUCCCCACCGGGUGCUGAACCGCCAGACAUGGCUCGACAUAGGCCCCCUACCAAUCCAAGGGCAACAACUUCAGAAUCAGUACACAGUGUUGAAGCACAAAGAUCUACGAGAGUUGGAGGGGACACAAGUGACGGCAUUGGAAAUGUUAGCAAUGCUCAGACGAACGAUGCUACCCAAGAAGCCUCUGAUGAAAAGACAAGACAACCGACAAUUCGCUUCUUUCCUCACCAAGACUUACGGCAGGGCCGGCCAUCAUUAUCAUUCAACCCAAUCAUUCGAACGCUUCCGCAUGAGUCUUCCAUCAUCCGUGUCGGACGAUAUUCGGAGCGGGAAGGCAUUCCCAUAUCGACUCCCACUGGACCAUCAGAUGCCCCAGUGGGCUUCAAGUCCAAGGUGGUCAGUCGUAAGCAUUGCGAGUUCAGCUUCUCCAACGGCAGCUGGCAGAUCAAGGAUGUAAGCAGUUCCUCGGGCACUUUUUUGAACCAUAUCAGGCUUAGUCAGCCAAACACCGAGUCGAGGUUAUAUCCUGUCAAAGACGGUGAUAUCGUCCAGCUUGGCAUUGACUUCCGUGGUGGAGAGGAAAUGAUAUUCAGGUGCGUGAAGAUUCGCAUUGAAUGCAAUCGCGCCUGGCAGAAACGUCCGAACAACUUCAAUAUGAGUCGGCAUGCUCAGUUGCAGAAACUUGGAAAAGGAGAUGCAAAAGUAGACGAGAACAAAGGUGAAUGUUCGAUAUGUCUGGGAGAUGUUGCACCGUGUCAGUCGUUGUUCAUCGCCGCAUGUGCCCACGUUUGGCACUACAAAUGUAUCCGUCGCAUGCUUAUGGGCAGCAAUUACCCACAAUUUACGUGUCCCAAUUGUCGCGCUAUCACUGAUCUAGAAGCCGAGUUUGACGUAGAAGACGGAGAAGAAUGGGAGCAACCUCCUGAAUCACCUGUCCAUGUAGAAGAUAUACCCGCCAGCACGACUCAACCUGCCAACUCACUACAGAAUCAACAGGACACUGUCCAUGUUGGUGGUGCAGCCGCAGCCUAUGACGAAGCGGGUGACGUCGACCUUACCAACAUACAGUUCGAAGGCAAUGCCGAUCAGACGAUUGCAACCCCCCAGACCACCAUCAAUGGGCUCCUGUCACGUCGACAAACAUUGAACUCAAGUGCCUCGCCAGCCAUCGCGCCUGUCGAUGGCAUCGAGAUACCAAGAGCAUCCAAUGCUGCACCACUGGGUGUGGUUGUGUCUAACGACACUCCUGCCACGCUGCGUACCGCAACCCCAACCUCAGUUGACCUCAUUGGCGGAGAAGGACCAUUGACACCUAGAAAUGAUGCUGGACCAUUCGUAUUUGAUGGGAGUGCUGGUCGGGCCAGUGGUCGUCGCCUUACCGCGUCUGCUACGGACGAGCCUGAAUGA